CACAGAAAUUCACCGGCGAAUCUGAUCUUCCUGGAUUUCUCCAGGGAUUUCUAGGUGAAGAAAGGUGAUCUCUCUCUCUCUCUCGCUCGCUCUCGCUAGCUCUCGGAGAGUGACGAUUUCUAUGGCAGAAGUUGCGCGGUUAUCAACGACGUCGUUUCAGGCACUUCGCAUAUCGUCGUCAUUCGCCUCUUUCGCCAACGCUCUCACCUCUCUUCAACCAUCUUUGCCUCCAAUUCCGAAUUUCAACAAGAAAUCGCGUCUUCUCUCCUCCUCUGCGUCAUCUUCUUCGUCUUCUCUGUCAUCCUCCGGUCUCGGAAGCUAUGGCUUUUCGCGACCCAGGAACCAUGUGCUCCGCUUCAAGGUAAAUGCGGCUGUAGCUGAGACGGAACAACCGAAAUGGUGGGAGAGGAAUGCAGGACCGAACAUGAUUGACAUUCAUUCAACCGAAGAAUUCUUGAAUGCUUUAAGCCAAGCGGGCGAUAGAUUAGUCAUUGUAGAGUUUUAUGGAACAUGGUGUGCUUCUUGCCGAGCGCUGUUCCCAAAGCUUUGCAGGACAGCAGUGGAACAUCCUGAUAUCUUGUUCCUUAAAGUCAAUUUCGAUGAGAACAAGCCAAUGUGCAAAAGUUUGAACGUGAAGGUUCUUCCUUAUUUCCAUUUCUACCGUGGAGCCGAUGGUCAGCUUGAAUCUUUCUCAUGUUCUCUCGCUAAGUUUCAGAAAAUAAAAGAUGCCAUUGAAUUGCACAGCACAGAACGUUGCAGCAUCGAUCCGGCCACCCAAACCGGAGAGCUAACUCUUGAAUCUCUGUCAGCGCAAGCAAUCUCAACCAAACUCACUGGAUCUAGUUGAAGUGAUAAGCUUUUUCGAUUCAUCGAGAAGUUUCGCUUGCAAAUAUUCGGGCUGGAGUCUGUAUAUUUUCAAUACUUUUGGUGUGAGAGAAUACCGUUUUGGAGCUUGCCCCAGUAGGCAAAUAGCUAAUGUAUUUGUUACUCCAUGGCUCAGAAAUGGGGUCCAGAAGUUCACCGUUUACAAAGUAAAGGCCUGUAUUUGAUUUCUAUUGAACAGAUUGCCGCGCAAACUUGCGAACAUGAAUGCAUUUAUAA